CCACUUUUGGCUUGAGCAAAAACGAGCCACACAACUUCUAUUCCACCAAUUCAUCGCGCAUAAAAUCUCCAAUCCAACUGAUUGCGAAGUUGACUUGCGUUACCAAUAUAUCUAACUAUAAACUACACCAUGAUGGCUAUUUCUCCUCAACGAACGUCUGGAACGAAGCGUCGCAGCUCCCUCAUGUUAGGUAGUCCCAUGACGCAGCUACCGUCUGCGGCCGCGCUGUUUGGAACGGAGCUAGUGGAUCUCUCGAGACCGCCAGCAAGCAAGCGAAAGCGCGUUCAUUUCGAGGAAGAUAACGAGACACGCGACGUCAAGCGACGAGUGGCAGAUCUCCCCCACUUGCCCAGCUCUCAGCUUAGCAAGUGUGAAAGGAGCGAGCUGUGGAUGACUCAAGCGGACUAUGAAGCAACGCUGCGGGCUGUCCUGAAUGACGUCGUGGCCGUCAAGGACUCUCAUGAGAACGACCAAGUCUCCGUUGGAUCGUGUUACACGGAAGCCAUGGCACAGACGUACAGUCUGUGCUGCUCUCCCGAUGUCAAGGGUACAAUUGCGCUCGAGAAUGUGGCGCUGCUGAGCCUCCUGGACUCCUCGUUUCGUGGCCUCGAGAACCACACGCUACCCAAAGAGAUGCGCACCGACCGCAAGAUCCGCAAGGCCAAGACAGUGAGCCGGGUCCUCGAGCUGCAAGGUGAACUUCGAGUGGCGGGCAACCCCAAAGAAGAUGCUACCGAGUGUCUUCGACUGGUGUCCGAGUACUUCUCCGAGCCGUCACGAAAGUUCGCACGAGCCUUGGGCGAAAUCGAUGGUACCUUUGCCCACUUGGCUGAAUUGACCAACUCCGUAUAACUUGCAGUGCACAGCGCCAGCAAGCAGCACUCAUAUCAUCUCAUUACUUCCUUUGAACACCCGCUUUUGAACUAUUCGAACGAUUUGUCUAUACCGUCUGCCUCUACUUACAUCCAGCCGCCAGGGAUAACUCCGGAUCCAAGUCCUAUCCUAUUUUAGCUAUACGGUUAUUACAUUUUU